GACCCCACCAAUUCCUACUUGCUGACACUGAGACUUGCCAGUGGCAGGCAAGAUGGCUUUUCCCUCAGGGUUCCUUCUCCUCUUAGCUGGCCUGGCACUUCUCUCUGAAGCUGCACCACCGGUCUCUGCUGACUCCAAGUAUCCUCUUUUUAUAAAAAUUCUGGAUUCAGUCCGAGGAAGUCCAGCUCCAAGUGUUCCAGUUAAGUUAUAUAAAGAAGCUGCAGAUGGAUCUUGGGAACUGUUAAAUUCGAAACAAACCACUGACAACGGAGAGCUCCAUGAGCUUGCAAGUAAAGAACAAUUUGUAACCGGGCUGUACAAGAUUGAGCUGGACACAGCCUCUUACUGGAAGAGAUUGGGCUUGAAUCCCUUCCAUCACCAUGCUGAUGUGGUGUUCACAGCUAACGACUCUGGCUAUCGCCAUCACUCCAUCACUGUUUUCCUCAGUCCCUUUUCUUACUCAACUACAGCGGUAGUUAGUGAGCCAGUGGAAUAGAAGCCGACAUUAAGCAUGAAAA